AAUCUAGAAGGACACCAUCGGCACGAAACGCAUUUGUAUGCCGUCCAGCUCACGUACAUACCGUCAGUCCGAGAUAUCGACCGCCUGCCCGAGAUGGAAAUCAGCGAGUUCCUCGACACGUGCAACAAGUUGGUGCCCGUCUACAUCCUCCCGCUGCGGAAUCGUGCGCUUGUCACGGUGCGUCAUAACUACAUCUAUCGCCGGUGGUUCCGCCCGUACCGGAGCGAGAUCGAGCGCCAACGCUUCAUCUGCAAGUUCAUCGGACCAGCGCAUCUACCCGACGGGGGCACGGCCUCGCAGUCGACCAUCGGCACCCUCGUCGUCAUGAACGGAGCUAUCUGCGCCGAGGUCGACGCGCGCCGUCGUUCGUACGCCGAGCGGCUCGCCACAGGCAACCGGCAGGUGCAGGGGGAGCUGGACCGGGUCAAGACCACAGGUUUCACGUCCUGCGGCCGCUGUUCCGGGCGCUGCUCGUAAUCGUCUGUUCCGACAGCUACAACAACGAGGACUCAAAGACCGUGGGCCGCCUUCCCGUUUUCUUGGUCCGCACAGGCGUGGAAGACGGUCUGAGCGCGC